AUGAAUGGUGGACCUUCCUCAAAUAGCAGAGGUAGCAGUGCCAGGAUUACUCUCGAAGGACUUGACAUUAUCGUUGUAGAGAAAGCACUGAGGUUCAAGUUUAAAUCCUCAAAUAAUCAAGUCGAGUAUGAAGCCUUAAUUGUCGGUUUAAGGCUGCUCACAACAACACUUAUAAAAAUGGAUUCUAACACCCAAGAGAGUGAAGUUCCUUUAGAAGUAGAAAAGGUGGAUGAUGCAUACCUCUCUGCUGUGUUGCUUUGUUUUAGCAGGGUCCUCCCUGCAGUUCUAAACGCGGCUAUUGACAUCAAUUUGUUUGAUGUCAUAGCCAAGGCAAAGAGUUCUUGUGAUGAGUCAAGUUUUUCUGCCUCUGAAAUCGCUUCUCUGCUUGCAAAUCAGCACUCACAAUUGGUUAAUAGGCUUGAAAGAAUGUUGCCAUUGUUGGCCAGUUACUCUCUUCUUAAUUGCUCCAUUCGAACCAGUGAAGAUGGUAAGAGAGAAAGGAUUUAUUCUCUCUCACCUGUUGGCCAUUACUUUGCUUAUGACGAUGAAGGAAUCUCUCUGGCCCCACUCUCAACUUUACUUCAUCGCGGAUUUCAUGAGCUGUGGAGGGAUGCAAAAGGUGCAUUUCUGGACCCUGAUUGCAAUAACCAUUUCGAAAGUGUCUUUGGAAUGCUGUCAUAUCAAUAUAUGGAGAAAAACACAGAGUUGAAUCAAAUGUUUUACAAGGCAAUGGCUCAUGCUGGUCCAAUAGAAGUGAAAAGGGUACUCAAAGUAUAUAAAGGAUUUGAGGGAUUGUCAACACUGGUUGAUGUAGGAGGUGGAGUAGGAGAGACCCUGAAACUGAUUAUCUCUGCAUAUCCUUCAAUCAAAGGAAUUAAUUUUGAUUUGCCUCAGAUGAUUCUAGAUGCACCAACUCAUCCAGGUGUAGAGCAUGUGGGAGGAGAUAUGUUUGAACGUGUUCCAAAUGGUGAUGCCAUCUUACUAAAGUCUAUAUGUCACAAUUGGGCAGAUGAAGAUUGUAUAAAAUUUUUAAGAAAUUGUCACAAAGCUUUGCCACCGCAUGGAAAAGUGAUUGUUUUGGACUACAUAAUUCCAGAGGUUCCAAAUGCAAGUGAUGCAUCUAAACAUAGUAGCAUUGUGGACAAUCACAUGUUUUUAGCUCAUGGUGGAAGGGAAAGAACUCAGAAUGAAUUUGAGAACUUGUGCAAGAGUUCUGGUUUUUCCAAGUUUCAAGUUGCAUGCAGUGGCAUCUCAGCUACUGUAGGAGUGAUGGAGUUCUAUAAACAGAGUUUUUGA